CAUAUGACGGAAAUGAAACUGGCACAGUUUAACGGAAAGGAUAUAAAACGUCGUCGUAUUACCGAGCUGCCUGUGGGACAUUUGGACUUUGUGCAGUGAUACUUUGUGUUGUUCCGUUUCUGGACACAGUCAGGGGAACUGUAAAUGUGACCCUCCUUCAACAUCCUCAUUCGAGCAGCUGCAGUUUGCGGGGAAGCUCACCUGUCUGUCAUCAUGCUAACCGUGUUUGUUGUUGUCGUUGCUCUUGUUUCUCAAACUGCGGCUCACUACACCCCGGACUGGACGAGCCUGGACGCCAGGCCGUUGCCCUCAUGGUACGACGAAGCCAAACUGGGAAUUUUCAUCCACUGGGGCGUGUUUUCUGUGCCCGGCUUUGGCAGCGAGUGGUUCUGGUGGCACUGGCAGGGCCAGCAGCCCCCGGACCAGAAAUAUGUGAACUACAUGUCCCAGAACUACCCACCAGGCUUCACCUACCCAGAGUUUGCUCGUCAGUUUCACGCGCAGUUCUUCAAUCCGGAUGAGUGGGCGGAUAUUUUCAAAGCUUCUGGUGCAAAGUAUGUGGUCCUGACUGCCAAACACCACGAAGGGUUUACUAACUGGGAGUCUCCAAACUCAUGGAACUGGAAUUCUGUUGAUACUGGUCCUCACAGAGACCUGGUGGGAGACCUGGCAGAGGCAGUGCGCAACAGGUCACUGCACUAUGGACUCUACAAUUCCUUGUAUGAGUGGUUCCACCCUCUCUAUCUCAUUGACAAGAAGAAUGGCUUCAAAACGCAGGAGUUUGUGCUGCAGAAACUACUUCCAGAGCUUUAUAACAUGGUUGUAAGGUAUCGACCUGAAGUCAUCUGGUCUGACGGAGACUGGGAAGCACCUGACACCUACUGGAACUCUACCGAAUUCUUGGCCUGGCUCUACAACGACAGCCCGGUUAAAGAUACCGUUGUGACUAAUGACCGAUGGGGAGCUGGCUGUGCCUGUAAACAUGGCGGCUACUACAACUGCGAGGACAAGUACACGCCGGGCCAGCUGCCCACACACAAGUGGGAGAAAUGCACAUCUGUGGAUACUCUUUCCUGGGGUUACCGUCGAAACAUGAAGAUGAACGAACUUUUGCCAUUGGCUGCGAUUAUCGAGGAUCUGGUCCGCACUGUGGCUUUUGGGGGUAACUACCUUCUGAAUGUGGGUCCCACACCUGACGGGAUGAUCCCCCCUUUGUUUGAGGAGAGGCUAAGAGGUCUUGGAGACUGGCUGGAGGUCAACGGGCAGGCCAUUUACUCUUCCAAACCCUGGAGGGUGCAGUCAGAAAACACCACUGUACCAGUUUGGUAUACAUCUAAGGGGUUGACAGUCUAUGCCAUCCUAACAGCCAAACCCCCGAUGAGCACAGUGAAACUGCUGGCACCCAAAGCUUCAGCCAUCACACAGGUGUUCUUGGUGGGGAAUCCCACACCUUUAUCUUGGGCCCCAGUCAACCCCGGUGGUGGCCUUGUUGUCCUUUUGCCAGAGCUGCCUUACACUCCUGCUCAGGCAUGGACGCUUGAACUGGACUUAGUGCAGUAAGCCAGCGGUCCCCGACCAGUACCGGGCCUCAGACCGGUACUGGUCCGUGAGUCGUUUGGUACCGGGCUGCGAGAGUAGAGGCUCAGGUGUGAAAUGUAUGGUUUUCAGG